CACACACCUCUAGACUCUGGCUAGUCUUCCCUCAGGGAUUCUAUAUAUAUUCCAGGGACCACUUCAGCGGCCUAUUGUUCCUCAGAGUAACCUUACAGACAGAUGCCCUGCAUCACAGUGUGGGAGAGAGCCCAGAAAGUCAGGAGGAGGGAGACAGAGCCCCCAGACAAUAAGGACGAGGAAACUCUACAGACCGGCCCGGUCUCCAUCACAUCUGCAUCCUCUUCAUUCAUUCUGCAGCAAUCCCAUUUGUCCACCUGCUGUCAAAGUGGAGCGGGGGUCUGAUGGUGUAACAUGAUGCUGCCGCUCUUCAUCUCACUGCUGCUAAUGGGGCUGGAGUGUUUGCAGGGAGCCCCAACAGGUAGAGAAGGCUACAGGAUGCCCCAGAGCGCUCUCAGAGCUCUGUCUGAUCGGGGUACAGUUGUCCUGGAAGCUGCCAUGACGAGCGCCCUGUCUGCUCUGGAUCGUGCUUCAGCAGAAAGAAGCCAGACUGAGGCAGGAUGUCGAGGCUGUGCUCCCUGUCUGUUUCAGAACUGUGGACAGCUGUCAGGGUCCUGUUCAUCCCCCUCUAGUGCCUCGUCGGAGCCCAGCUGUGAGGUGAUCAGCAAGGCUCAGAAGCUUCAGGGUGAGGCCGAGCGGAGCUGGGCUCUGAGUCAGGCCUGUGGGUACUACCAGCAUCGCUGUCUGCCAGGUGAGCUCAACACUGAGAGCUGCAUCAGGAUCAUGGGGGAGAGCUGCAGUGCCCGUGUCCUCCAGUGCAGCCUGCUUCACACAAUGCAGAACCUUGAACCUGACAUGCAGUCGCAUGCACAAGCAGUGUGCGGUCAGAGGUCAUCCAGAGUGCAGAACAACACACAGCCACGCUCAAGGAUAGUGGGUGGCUCCCCUGCACCUCUGGGCAGCUGGCCCUGGCUGGUCAACCUGCAGCUAAAUGGUGAGCUAAUGUGUGGAGGGGUCUUGGUGGACAGCUCCUGGGUAGUGACCGCAGCACAUUGCUUUGCUGGCAGCCGCAGCGAGAGCUUCUGGACAGCUGUGGUAGGAGAGUUUGACAUUACCAAGAAAGACCCGGAUGAGCAGGUUCUCAAAGUGAACCGCGUCAUCCAGCACCCUAAGUUCAAUCCAAAGACUUUCAACAAUGACAUAGCCCUGGUGGAGCUGACAUCCCCUGCGGUCCUUUCUGAACAUGUGACACCGGUAUGUCUUCCUUCGGGUGUGGACCCCCCAACAGGCAGCCCAUGUCUUGUGGCAGGCUGGGGAUCUCUCUAUGAAGAUGGGCCUUCUGCUGAUGUGGUGAUGGAGGCCAAAGUCCCCCUGCUUCCUCAGAGCACCUGUAAGAGCGCUCUCGGCAAAGAUCUGGUCACCAACACCAUGCUUUGUGCCGGCUAUCUCUCUGGAGGCAUAGACUCCUGUCAGGGGGACUCUGGAGGCCCCCUAAUCUAUCAGGACCGAAUUUCAGGUCGCUUCCAGCUCUUUGGUGUCACCUCCUGGGGGGAUGGCUGUGGAGAGAAAGGAAAACCUGGAGUUUACACACGUGUGUCUGCUUUCUCUGACUGGGUUCAGGCCGAGAUACAGAAGUCAAUAGGGAGCAGGGAACCAACAUGCCCAGAACUCCUGAAAACAACAGAUAUGACAGAGGAAGAGCAGAGGUCUGAGUUUAACUCUCUCUGUCAUUUCUACACCCUGACCUGUCCUCCCAGUCAGUCUGCUGGUGCUUGCAGUCGAAUGGCUGAGGACAAAUGCCUCACCCGCUUCAAGAAGUGCCAGUUGCGUUCAUUCCUGCAAACCCUGUUGGACUUGCUCCAGAGGGCUGAAGACUACAUCAGGGACAAAAUGGACCUGACUUUCUUUACUCAGACUCUCCCACAGCUUGUGGAGCACAUCUACAGUGCAGCUUUUACCCACAACAGAGAAAGGAGGGACCUCGGCUUGAACCAUGGUCUCAGUCAGAUUAAAGAACAGCUAGGGGGAGCUGUGAUACCAGCAGCGCAGGAUCCGCCUCAUGCUCCACCAUCUUUAUUUAGACAGGUGGGUCCUUCAGUGGAUGAGUGGGAGGAAUACCUGAGAAACAUGGCUGAUGAGAUGGACAAACAGCACCAGACUGGAAUGACAGACACUUCCUCCACACCAAAAAGUGAUGAAGAAAAUAUUUUUCUACAGACACAGGAUUCUUGGGUGCAACAACUGGCUGGACAAUUUCAGUCUCUUAUUUCUGGCCUUCACUCAAAACUGGGCUCCAGAGCAGCUCUUCCUCUUCUGCACUUGGACUCAGUCUAUCCUGAUGAAGACUCUCCUUACAGUCUUUCUUCAACCAUAGCACUGGGCCACACUGCUCCAUCAUCCUCACCCCAAAAAUCCAGGGAGCCCUGGUCACUUCUGUCAGUGUUGAUGGAUGAACUCAAGGGGAUAGGAGCAAAAGAUGAGACUGUGAAUGAUGGCUCUUCACACAGUGAAGCUUUCUUCAGGGGAGCAGUUUCUCCUGGGUGGAGCGCCACAUCAGAGGAUUUCACAUUUGAUGACAUCGGGGAUGGAGGAGAAUUAAAACCUUCUGCAGCACCACUGCUGGACGUGUUGACAUCUGCCGUCAGGAAAGUGGAGUUUGCUCACACAGAAACUUCUGACCUCAAGCGUGAUGGAACAUCAUUGGGUCUUCAAAGAAAACCCAGAAGUGUUCUUCAGAAGAGGCAGAUCCCUGCUACCAGUGAGAAAAUUUGUCCUGGAUUGACAGAGUCUUCACGACAAGUUAGCCAAAUCCAAGAGACGUACAACUGGAUCCUAAACAUACCAAACAACAAUCUGCAGAUGAGCUUCCAAGAGGUUUUAGUCGAUUUGACCUCCAAAAAUGAUCGAGGACUUUACCAGGCACGGAUCAGAGCUGUGGUGGCAGGACGACCCUUGACCUUCUACAGUCUUGUGGGUCUUGAGAAUGAGUCGUUUUACCGCAGCGUGCCGAGGAUCAUCGCCGUGGCUCUAGACACUCUGAAGACUUAACCUGGAUUACCAGGAAGGAAUUGAAAAGAUAAGAGUGGUCAUCAGCAGAAGAUGCUCGUCAAGCGCACACCUCCGAAUAUUCCUACUGUCUUCAGCAAAAGCCAUUAUUUUGACUUGUAGAGCCUGACUUUGACUCUCCAUGCAAACAUGAAUGUACCUGUUUCAUUGGUGACAACAUCCAGUUCUACUUUGCAACAUUUAUUGCCUUUCUGAUAAAGAUGUGCUAAACCCUUAAAGUAAAUUAACUUUUAUUACUUCAACAAAAUUGCAAACAAAUGUAUUCAAUUCGGUGCCUAAUCUCAGUUCUUUUAAAGUAAGGGGAAGAUAAUUCUCGUGAGUAGAACAAUGAUCUUUAACAGCACAGGUUUUCUUUAAAGUUUAGUUAUCAGGAUCAUUAUUUACCACAGAAAAUGACUUUUCUCUGAUUAUUUGACCACAUGUUUUCAAACAAUAUUGUGUUAACCAAUUGAAAACAAUUUCCAGUUCAUUGGUGCACCACUUCAAGUCUUUUAUUAUAUCGAUUGGGUAUUUCAAAGAGUGAUGUGGUUUCCAGAAAAUCUUCAGAAAGGAAAAAGGUCCAAGUGAAACAAAGCAUGACUUUAAAAAAGAUCAGUUAAAUUUACUUUAAAGAAUUGCUGUAAGCCUCUCUUCCGAUACAUUGGCUGGAGAUCGGCACCAACACUCCUCCGACCCCACUAGGGACAAGGGUGUUAGAAAAUGGAUGGAUGGAUGG